CAGUUACUUUUAGCAAUGUCCCAUCCAGACCACGAAACAAGAGUAGGGCCACACCAUGUUUUCUCCAUUGUGCUUAUGCCAUCUCUUAUUUGUCCUUGGUUAGUUCGUAAUGGAGGACCUGCACAAGCUCUCCUGGGGUUUUCGCCAAUUGCUUCAGAGAGGAUAAAGAAUGGAAGUUUCUCGAUUCAGGAUGAAAGCAAUGACAAACCCAAGGAGGAAGUCAGUCAAGUUUUGGAUAAUGGCGUGACUCAAUCUAUAAAAUGUCCAUCUCGUGGUCGAUCAUUUAGUUUCAAGAAUGCUAUGGUCAAUGGAAAAGCAGAUCUGACUGCCCUCCGAUUGAGUAGUCACCAAGUGAGUCUCCUGCUUUCAGCAAUCUGGGUGCAGGCAACAUCCAUAGAAAAUACCCCUGCAAAUUUUGAAGCGAUGGCCCACACAUAUAAUGUCACUUUAUUAUUUACCCGGAAUAAGGUAUCCUCAUGGUGCUGUUUACUUAUAUUUAUUGUUUCUACCAUUUUGAUACUUAUCCCUUGGAAUUUCUUUAUAUGUACUUUUUUUCCUUCUUUUUUCUGGAUUAAGAAUUCUAUAUUGAAAAGAUUCCAGUUGCUUGGGAAAGUAACUCUAAGAUAAAAUUGUAUCUACAAU